UAGAAGCUAGUUGAUUCCCUCUCUCUCUCGCUCUGUCUCUGCGUGCAAUUGUUGAGCGGCCAAGCGUUGUUCGUUUGAUCAGCAGCUAAUCUCAGCCUUCCGAUUGGUGAGAGAGACUGAUUCGAUAGACUAGUAGACGUCUCCUUGGAUUCAUUGGGGCUCACGACAACGCCACAAACCUCUUUCCAGUUCCUUCCUCUGCCUCUUUCGAUCACGGCAUUUCCGGCCUCGUUCUGGUCGGUAACUUAGGUUAAUAUGUUUUUGACGGGAUGUUGUGGUGAAGCUUAGGCGCUAGGCAAUAGUCUAGCGGGGUGCUUCUUCUUUUUCCAUCAUAAAUGGGCUGUUUUAGUUCUACCGUAAGAAAGCAGUUUGCUGGGUAUGAGGACCCAGUAGUUUUGGCUUCACAAACGGCUUUUAGUGUGAGUGAAGUUGAAGCACUGUUUGAGCUGUUUAGGAGCAUUAGCAGUUCCGUGCUUGAUGAUGGACUAAUAAACAAGGAAGAGUUUCAAUUGGCUCUAUUCAAGAAUAGAAAGAAAGAGAAUCUUUUCUCUGACAGGAUAUUUGAUCUAUUUGAUGUUAAGCGGAAGGGGGUCAUUGAUUUUGGUGAUUUUGUUAGAUCACUCAAUGUAUUCCAUCCAAAUGCCCCACUAGAACAUAAAAUAGACUUUUCUUUUAAACUCUACGAUUUGGAUGGGACAGGAUUCAUUGAACGACAAGAGGUCAAGCAAAUGUUAAUUGCACUACUGUCUGAGUCCGAGAUGAAGCUGGCUGAUGAGACCAUUGAGAUAAUUCUAGAUAAGACAUUUUCAGAAGCAGAUGCAGAUGAGGAUGGGAAGAUCGACAAAUCGGAGUGGCAGAAUUUUGUCAACCGAAACCCUUCGUUGUUAAAGAUUAUGACGCUUCCAUACCUAAGGGACAUAACCACAACAUUUCCGAGCUUUAUAUUUCAUUCAGAGGUCGAUGAGAUUGCUACAUAACAACUUAAUAUAUUAGAGGAAGAGGAGCCUAGCCGCCACCUACCCAACACUUUUUGUCUGGGAUUGGAAAGGUGUUUGUAAUUUAGGAUAACUGAUUUUAAUUUGCCAGUAUUAUUAUCUUUGUAAAGUUGAUAUUUUUGAACUUUGAUGUCAAAGCUCGACCCCUUCCUAUUUGGGCAUUUCCUAGUUUUUGCGUUUCCUCUUUUCGUAGUGCCGUCUGUAAAUCCAUCAUUCACUAUUCAUGCAUUAUGCUAAUAUAUUUACAUGUGUUUAAAUUUCAA